AUGAUUGAUGGUGUCUGUAUCGCUAUAUUCACCCUGCUCUUCCCUACAAAGCUUUCGAGUACGAAACCCGACACUUCAGGUCAAAUACUGCAUCUUCAUUUUCAACAGACGUGCGUUACAUUUGCAUCCGAAAAUUUCAGCAUGGUACCCUGGACACAUCUCGCCCAUUUCGAGGCCAAAGAUGGCAAGAGAUACUUUGCUUCCAUCAAGUCCGGAACAGACACAACGCAGCUACAAGGUCAAAGUGUUACGGGAUUCUCCUCGUUCACUGACCUUGCAGAUGAGAAGGAUGGACAGUCCCUUACGAUAGAAAAGCUUUUGGCACCGGUACCGUACGAUGGAGAUAUUGUUUGCAUAGGACUCAACUACCGCGAGCAUGCAGAAGAGGCAAAUCUCACAGUACCAUUGGACCCCGUCAUGUGGUAUAAACCUCGGCGCGCCCUAAGUGUACCAGGACCGAUAGCAGUCCCCAAGGUGGCAGCAACCAACUUCCUUGAUUUUGAGGGGGAACUCGUUAUCGUCACGUCCAAGGAUGCCCUGAAUGUCAGCAUUGAAGAUGCUCCGGCAUACAUUCUAGGCUACACCGUGGGAAAUGACCUAACAGCUCGUGGAUUCCAAGAUCCCAAAAGAGGAGGACAACAGUUCACGCGAUGCAAGGCAUUCGACGGCUUUGCCCCUUUGGGGCCAGUGCUAGCAAACGCCCAGUCGUUCGGCGAUGCGGCCAGCAAGCGGAUUGUUACCAAGAUCAAUGGCAAGAUCUUCCAAAACAGUGACUGCAAUCUGAUCCAUGAUGCAGCUACCCUCGUCAGCUUUCUCUCACAAGGUGCGUUUCUACCUGAUCUUCCCCUUCUGCUUGCAUCGAUUCCAAACCAAACGGUUCAUCAGAUGACUGACACUCGCCGGGUGGAUUCAUAG